AUGGACCGUCCUGGUUUUAUUGAGACCCCUGGUCGUCGGGGAACUCGUAACAGUUCUGUCUUUGAGAGCAGCGAAAACGAGAACCCUGUCGACACGCCCUCCGUCAACCGAUCCAAGUCAGCUACUCGUCGUCGCACUGUCGCGAAAGUUAAGAUUGAGGAUGAUGAGACCCCAGUGAAGUCUGAGACCAAUGGCCACGCAACCAAUGGUCACGCCAAUGGCCAUGCGACUACCGCGGAGGCCAAGCCUUCCUCGCGCAUUGUGGACGGCUGGGAGGAGGGACUAGACCCCAAGAUUGAUUACAGCGGACAUUAUGAGUUUGGUGGAUCGCUGGGAGUCUCAGCUAUGAUGAUUGGUUUCCCUAUGCUCAUGUACUACAUGUGGAUUGGCGCGACCUAUUAUGGAGGCAAAUUCCCUACCCGCGAGGAGGGGCAGAGCUUCACGGAUUUCUUUGGCCACUUGGCGCAUUUGGUUUACACUGGCGCUUUCCCCUCUCUCAAGGCUUGGACAAUCUAUUGGGUGUUCUUCAUCUUCGAGGGCGCGUGCUACGUGCUGCUUCCUGGUAUCUCUGUUACUGGUCGCUCAUUGCCUCACUCGGGUGGCAAGCAAUUGCCAUACUACUGCUCAGCUGUUUGGUCUUUUUAUACUAGCAUCAUUAUCGUGCUGGUUCUGCACUUCACUGGCCUCUUCAAGCUGUACACCAUCAUUGAUGAGUUCGGUCCUUUGCUUAGCGUUGCCAUCCUCUCUGGCUUUCUCGUCUCCAUUGUCGCGUACUUCUCGGCUCUGGCGCGUGGCGCACAGCACCGUAUGACUGGCUCUCCGAUCUACGACUUUUUCAUGGGCGCCGAGCUUAACCCUCGUAUGUUCGGCAUCCUUGACUUCAAGAUGUUCUUCGAGGUUCGCCUGCCUUGGUUUAUUCUGCUUUUCCUUUCUAUGGGUGCCGCUGCUCGUCAGUACGAGAUCUACGGCUAUGUCUCUGGUGAGGUCAUGUUCCUUGUCAUGGCUCAUUUCCUUUACGCCAAUGCCUGCUCCAAGGGUGAGGAGUGCAUUGUGUCUACCUGGGACAUGUACUACGAGAAGUGGGGCUUCAUGCUUAUUUUCUGGAACCUGGCCGGUGUUCCUCUCAGCUACUGCCACUGCACUAUCUACUUGGCCAACCACGAUCCAGCCGAGUACCACUGGAACCGCUACUUCCUUGCUUUCCUCUACGUCGCCUACCUGUUUGUCUACUGGGUCUGGGAUACCACCAACAGCCAGAAGAACCGUUUCCGUCAGCAGGAGCGUGGCACUCUGGUCAAGCGCAACACCUUCCCUCAGCUGCCCUGGCAGACCGUUGAAAAUCCCAAGACUAUUACCGCCGAUGAUGGUUCCAAGAUCCUUGUCGAUGGGUGGUACGGCAAGGCUCGCAAGAUUCAUUACACUUGCGAUCUUUUCUUCGCCCUGAACUGGGGUCUUAUCACCGGUUUCUCCAGCCCCUUCCCCUGGUUCUACCCUCUCUUCUUCGCAUGCAUGAUCUCGCACCGUGCUCUGCGUGAUAUCCAGCGCUGCCGCAUCAAGUACGGCGAUGCUUGGCUCCAGUACGAGAGCGAGGUUCCUUACCUCUUCAUUCCCUACGUCAUUUAA